CUCAAAAUCAGCUCAAGUUGGAUUGACGUGUCUCACUCUAGUUCUCAGCGGUUCUCAGCGUAUUCCAAAUGUUUCGCAUUGUUGCAGCAUCGACGCGUUCCCUGCUCUCCUCCUUUUCUUCUUCUUCUACUGCUGCUGCUGCUGCUGCUACUGCUGUGGCUGCUGUUGCACCACAAGCACGACGACCUUGCGUCUGGACUCAAACGCCGUGCGCUGUCGUCGUCCCACCGCAUCAUCGCGCACUGAGCACAAGCACCACACAUUCAGCACUCCAGUCGUCUUCAUCCACACAAAGCAGCAGCAACAGCAGCAUCAGAAUGAGCGCACCGGUCUACAUUAACACUGAGAACGCCCCUGCCGCCAUCGGCCCUUACUCCCAAGCCGUCGUCGCGAACGGACUCGUGUUCGUCUCGGGUCAGCUGCAUUCGGACCCCAAGACUGGCCAGCUUGUCACUGAGGGCUCUGUUGGCGACAAGACUCGCCUUGUCCUCCAGAACCUCAAGGCCAUCCUCGAGGCUUCCAACUCGAGCCUCGCUAACGUCGUCAAGUGCAACGUCUACCUCAAGGACAUGAACGACUUUGCCGCCAUGAACGAGGUCUACGCCGAAAUGUUUGGCACCACCCGUCCCGCCCGCGCCGCCGUCCAGGUCGCCUGCCUUCCCCGCAACGCCACUGUCGAGAUUGAGGCCACCGCCGUCGUCAACAAGUAACUGUUCUCAGGCGCUCAGGGGGUUUGUCGUUUUUUUUUUUGGUUGCUUGCGCAAAACAACCGGAGCAAGUUGCAAAUUUUUUUUUGGUGUCUUUGCUUUCUGGUUUUGUCAAGCAAUACAACGACGGAAUCCAAGGCUGCCACUUUCAGCGCCUGCUAGUACAUGUCAUUGACUGCUGCUUCUUCUGGCCUUGGAC